CCGGGGUAUUGGUAUGUUUGGCGGUGCAAUAUUAGGCUGAUCCCAUCGCCGUGUCCGUCGUCGUCGAGAACAUCUUCAACCACGACAACAAGCACAGUCCCGACCCUGACGACGACGACGACGCUCAUAGCGAGCUUUUUCCCUUCUGGCCGACUUGACAAAAUAGCAGGUGAGUUGCAUGAAUGGCGGCGCACUCCUCACACCCUCCUCCUCCCCUCCUCACCAUCCACACUGCAUCCCUUCAGAACCCACCUCUCCGUCCACCCAUCCCCAAACCUCCCUCUCCGUGAACUGCUAACGGGCAUUGACUCGCCCUGAGGAAACACUGAACUUACAACCAUGCCAGAAGCUGACUCGACACGCAAAAGGUCCCGUUCGCCCUCCGACUCAGAGCAACCGAAGCACAAGCGUGCCAAUACAGGCGCUACGUCACUUGGAGAUGACUCACAAGCGAGGACAUCUCAUGGCUCUGCCAAUGACUCUAAAGUAGAUGUUCGCCAGUCUGUCGACGACUCCGGCACAGCUGCUUCCACCCCUUCGCCACGUCGGGGAGACAAGACGGGCAUGACAGACUCAACCUCAGGAGGUGCCAAUGCAUCUACGGAGUCAGGGGCAGACGGUUCGUCUGCAAAUGCUUCAAGCUCGUCGUCAAACCCACCUCCGCCCCCUUCAGCCAGCAUUCAUAUGCGGUGCUUGAUUGUCACCCAAGAUGCAUCCAUCAUCAUUGGCAAAGGUGGCUCUCAUGUAAACGAGAUCCGAGAGAAGAGCGGGGCUCGUGUUAUGGUCUCUGAAAGUAUUCCUGGUAACCCUGAACGAAUUCUGAACGUCAGUGGUCCUCUGGACGCUGUGUCAAAGGCAUUUGGUUUGAUUGUACGUAGGAUAAACGAUGAACCCUUCGACAAGGCUUCUGUCCCCGGCAGUCGAGCGGUGACCAUCAAGUUCAUGAUACCUAACUCUCGAAUGGGCUCAGUCAUUGGCAAGGGUGGUGCGAAGAUCAAGGAAAUUCAGGACGCCAGUGGCGCCAGACUCAACGCCAGCGAGGGCAUGCUGCCCGGUUCUACGGAGCGGGUUUUGAGCGUCUCUGGUGUAGCCGACGCCAUUCACAUUGCGACUUACUACAUCGGUAACAUCCUGAUUGAAGCCAAUGAACGUAUGCCGUCGCACAACAACUCGUCGUACCGUCCAUCAUCUCGUCGGCCGCCUUAUACAGGCUCGUCGUACGUUCCGGGAUACUCGAACCCCUAUCCUGGCCCUGGUGGACCAGGACCUCAAGGUGGACCCGCCGGGCCUUUGCAAACGCAACAAAUAUAUAUCCCGAACGACCUAGUCGGCUGCAUCAUUGGCAAAGGAGGGGCGAAGAUUAACGAAAUCCGACACCUCAGUGGAAGUAAUAUCAAGAUUAUGGAACCAGGUGCGACGGGUACCAGUGUGAAUGGAGGCCCUGCACCUCAGGGUGGAGAAGGCGAACGGUUGGUGGUUAUUACUGGUCAGCCUCCCAACAUACAGAUGGCUGUGCAGUUAUUGUACCAGGUAUGUUUUUAUUGCUGUACGUGGAAGAAUAUGAUUUUGACCUUAUGGAUGUAGCGGUUGGAAGCGGAAAAGCAGAAGCAGCUGCGGUCUUCCUCCAACUAGCAAAACCCGAGAUUUGUUUCAGGGUUUCUUAUCGUGUCGGUUUUUCCCUGUGUAUGCUUUCUCCUGUUAUUUGCUUUAUGGUCUCGCUGUGAUUUCAUCGACACAGUAGUCGCUAAUGAGCAGGGUUUUUGACCCGGCUUCAAGUCCGAUUGCUAGUCUUCGUUCUCUUGCGCGUUUUCCUCACCUCCUCGGUUGUACUCUGAUAUGCCGACUGGCAAUUAUGCUUAUGCAUUGGGCUGUUGCUGCUGCUGUUGUGUUCUGUCUGUUUUCGUGUCGACGUCUCUCAUACCCUGAUAUACUAUUUAUUAUGCGAGCUCAAAAUCUGUCCUAUAUUUUGUCAAAACUGGUGUGGUAUGGAAGGUAUAACAAAUACAUGUGGUAUCAUAGGCAUUGACCCUGCACGAUUAUUGUCAAUUACGCAGAGCAUCCUGAUUGUGAUGACCAUGAACAAUAGUCUCGAUGAACUUCGACCACCUGCGCUCCCACAGUUCUAAUGCACGUUCCUUUUCCG